UACGCGCCGCAGAGCACACGGCGCGCGCGCACACGGCGAAGCUUCCGAUACUUUUUAUCAUGAUCGUUACAUCUCAAUGAUAUAUAUUCGUGGCAUGACACACUUUCAUAAAACAGCCGCUCCUGGCACCAGAUCGUCCACGCUUAUAUACUUCCGUUAGGCCGUGCCACGCACGAUCCACGACGGCAGUCUUCGUGCGCUUUUCCAUGGAAUAGGUGGUGUUUGCUCAAAGUUCGCAAUAUGGGUGACUGCGACGUUGUGAUUGUCUCAGCUGUUAGAACUUGCAUAGGAUCAUUCUGUGGGUCUUUGUCUUGUCUGAAAGCAUCAUUGCUGGGAAGUAUUGUCAUCAAGGAGAGCCUGGCAAGAGUUGGAUUAAAUGGAACAGAUGUUUCUGAAGUUAUCAUGGGACAGGUACUUACUGCGACAGAAGGCCAAAAUCCUGCAAGACAAGCAGCAAUAUAUGCUGGCAUAUCUAAUCAUGUGCCAGCUUAUCAAGUCAACAUGUUAUGUGGUUCUGGUUUAAAAUCUGUAAUAAAUGGUUAUUCUUCUAUAAAAUCAGGAGAAAAUGACAUAGUUGUAGCUGGUGGUCAAGAAAACAUGAGCAGGGCACCGCAUGCCACUUAUCUCAGAUCUGCUAUUAAAUAUGGGAAUAACAAUUUGGUUGAUACACUAAUAGAAGAUGGUUUAACAGAUGCCUUCCAUAACAUCCAUAUGGCAAUCACAGCUGAGAAUCUCGCGGAAAAAUAUGCAAUAAGUAGAGAGGCACAAGACAAUUAUGCAAAUAAAUCUCAACAAAAAGCUGAAGCUGCCAUUACUGCUGGGCAUUUUAAAAAAGAGAUUGUUCCAGUGAUUAUUGAAGGCAAGAAAGAAGUUACUGCUGUAUCUCAAGACGAAUUUCCGAAAUUCGGGUCAACCGUAGAAAAACUUGCCAACUUAAAACCAGCAUUUAGGCCGGGAAAUGGCACAAUUACUGCCGGCAAUGCAUCUGGUAUAAAUGAUGGUGCAGCCGCUAUAGUUCUAAUGUCUCAAGAAGCUGCUGUAAAUAAAGGAAUUGCACCAUUAGCCAGAAUCGUUGCAGUUGCACAAGUUGGAGUUGAACCUCAGAUCAUGGGUAUUGGUCCAAUCGAAGCUGUUAAAUUAGUCUUGAAGAAAGCAAAUUGGACAAAGGAGGAAGUAGAUUUUUAUGAAUUAAACGAGGCCUUUGCAGCGCAAGCGAUUGUAUGUAUUCAAGAGCUCGAUCUGGAUCCUGAGAAAGUUAAUGUCAAUGGUGGUGCUAUUGCCUUAGGCCAUCCCAUUGGCGCAUCUGGUGCAAGAGUACUGGUUACUCUGUUACACACUUUGGAAAGAACUGGGAAAAAAAAAGGUAUUGCAUCUUUAUGCAUUGGAGGAGGCAUGGGCAUUGCUGUUGCUGUUGAAAGAAAAUAACAAAUGUCUUCUUUAUCCAAUAUGAAAAUUGUUAUAAGUCUUUUUAUUAACAGAUUUUCUUACAAAAAUAGCAUUUUUCUUAUGCUAUACGAUGAUCUUGAGGACAUUUGUCAUUGAGUUCUAUAGAAAUUUAUCAUAUAUGUAUAUAUAAAUA